AUGGAGAACAUCCCACUCGACCGAAGUAUUAUUACUGUCAUUGCCGGAACUCGACGGUCAUAUUUCGGGUGCGGUCUGACGGCGACCAGUCGCGUGGGCAAAGGAGGGGGGCUAUUAAUAGAACACACCAAUACAGAUAUAACCCACACCAGCAGCACCAGCGGACCCCAUGCGCCUAACUAUGAGAUGGGACUCAGAGAGGGCGA